AUGCCUGGCACCCGCCCUGCCGGUUACCCGUCUUCCCAGAGCACAAACAAGGGUGCCGCGCCAAACAGAAAAAGGUCGGCGGCGCCGACCCCGCGCUCCAAAGCAGGGUUCUCGGGCGAACGCUGGAUGGAAGCACAUGGUUUGGGCGCGAUACGUCAAGCGGAGCCUCCUCCUGUUUUCCUUCCACCCCAACUUCCCCUCCCAGCUCCACAGGGAACUCGGAGUACUCGGAACCGUCUCCAGGGCUCCCCCGCGCCCACUGGAGGAAGCUACGCGCGCACUCCAGCGCGCGGGCCAGCAUUCCCCCUGGAACGCAGCGACAGCGCACGCGCACCUUCCCCAGCACAGCGCGCGCCCGCGAGCUCCCCGCAUCCCCGUGCUCAUCCGGGUCUCAGCAAGCCUCAGCCAAUGGUGGCCGCUCACAGCCCCCGGGGCGGGGCGAAGCCUCCCCCUCACCAGGGGCCUGUGGUCCCCACGGGUGGCUCCAGGGGACAGUGGCCAGGCGGCAGAGGAAAGGGGCAGAAGCAGGGAGCCCGGUAUCUGGGCAAGGAUUCAACAUGUGGGGGGAUGAAGCUGUUGCUGCCUCUGUGGAAGCGACUAGCGCGCGAGCAGACCGGGGGCGGAGCCGAGGCCGCUGACGCGGCGGCGGCGGCGGUGGAGUCACCCGGGCAGCCUCGGGACCGGUCACCGGCCGGGAACCGUCCAGCGGCCCCGACCACCGCCUUCGUCCCCCGUGGUGGCUCCCGGGCCGAGAGGCAGCACCGCCCACCGAGGCUGAGUCCUCCGCCGACCCGCUGCGUGGCUGAGCCCGGGCGGGCCGUUUUCUCGCACGGGCCGCCUCGGUGGGGCGAGGUUUCCGUGACGAACCUCCUGGGGCUGCCCGUGCCAGCUCGGGCCGUCGUGGCGGCUCGGGCGCCCGGAGUUCGCUCGCGCUGCGGGGGCCCCAGGCCCUCGAAGGCAUGCGUCUCCUCCGGGCGCUCGCAGCGGGCGCCGGCUCCUAAAGGGCGUCACACCGGGACUCCGCCGACCGGGCCACCUCCAUUCAUCUUCCAGCUGCGCCGCCUGCGCCCUCGCCGCCGGCGGGCCCCUCCGCGGGCUCACUGUGUCCUGUCUCCCCUCUGCCGCCCUUUCCUCACUCCUUGGGUGCGGCGGUUCUCCUGGAAGCGAAGGCGUCGGUUAUGA